GAUUUCUAGGAUAAGCCAAAAUAAAGUGAAGAACUCAUUGUUUCCAAUUAAGAUUUUCUGACAUCUGCCAGAAAUUUUAUGAAGCUUUCUUACGGAAACAUUAAAUAUUUUGGCCAAAUCCAUGGCCGCCAAUUAAAUUCACUCUUAAAUGGAAGAUGAUUUGAAAAAAAGAAAACAAGCAAGCAAACAAACAGAUUAAUUCUUUUGCGAAUAUUGGAUCCAAACAAAUAGAAUUUCUUUUCUCAUGGAGUACCAGUAUUUUCUCGGAUUCUUUCUUCUUCUUUUGAUCAAUUUUACUUUGGUUUCGGCUGAGAUUAAUGGAUCGGUGCUUAAAAUGAGAGGAGGAACUUCUUCUGUUCAAUUUGAUCCCACUUCUGUUACUCAACUCUCAUGGCGCCCUAGGGCUUUUAUUUACAAAGGAUUUUUAUCAAGUGAGGAAAGUGAUCACCUUAUUUUUCUGGCUAAGGAUAAGUUAGAGAAGUCAAUGGUGGCAGAUGAUGUAUCAGGCCAGAGUAUUGAAAGUGAAGUUCGAACCAGCUCCGGCAUGUUUCUUGAGAAAGCUCUGGAUGUAGUUGCUGAUAUUGAAGCCAGGAUUGCAGCAUGGACCUUCCUUCCAGUAGAGAAUGGGGAGGCACUACAAAUACUGCACUAUCAGCAUGGUCAGAAAUAUGAACCACAUUUUGAUUAUUUUUAUGACAAGGUUAACCUCGAGAGGGGUGGUCACCGUAUUGCCACUGUACUUAUGUAUUUGUCUGACGUUGAGAGUGGUGGGGAAACUGUAUUUCCAAAUUCAGAGGGAAAACUUACUCAGCCCAAGGACGAUAGCUGGUCACAUUGUGCGAAAACGGGAUAUGCUGUGAAACCCAGAAAAGGCAAUGCAUUGCUGUUCUUCAAUCUUCAUCCUGAUACAACUACUGAUCCCAAGAGUUUACAUGGAAGUUGCCCGGUGAUAAAGGGCGAGAAAUGGUCCGCCACAAAGUGGAUCCAUGUCCAGUCCUUUGAUAACAUGGAGAGCCAGACCGAAGACUGUGUUGAUAAGAAUGGGAACUGUCUUUUCUGGGCUAAGGCUGGCGAGUGCGAAAAGAACCCGGCUUACAUGGUAGGUUCCGAGGAGUUUUCGGGAUACUGUAGGAAGAGUUGCAAGGUAUGCUCCUCCUAGAAAGCUUUUUCCAGGCAUUUUAAAGGACCAUGGUUAAACCAUUUCAAAGCUGUAUAUACUGAUAUUCAAAUUCUUUUCGCUGCAAUGGCUGCCGUCUAAUCAUUCGAAUUGAAUCUCUUCAGAACAUAAAUACAUUAAACGGUAUGACUUUUCUAUUAGACUAAAGAAAAAAUGCUUUUUUGAGAAACAA